CUCACUUUCUUCCGCUUCAGGGGAAAAGUUGGGGAAGCUCCACCCUGGAGCUUCUUUGCCAUCCACCCCUGCUCUUGCCAUAUCAGUCUCGUGCUUACACACGCUGAUCCCAUAUUCUCUGGGCGGAGGCUAUACUCUAGACAUGCAGCGCAAUCUAUCUUUCCCCAUCUACUAAAACAACUAGGCGCCCAUUCUGCCGCAGGAUCCAUCCUAUCGGUGACAUCCCAUUACUUUUCUCCGGACUCCCAUUCCGCGCCUCAUCCAUGGAACUCAAAGUUCGGGAACGGAGCUUGUCUGUGUCAGGCGCGUGCCUGGCAGAGCCCGAGAUGUUAUUUAUCCUCCCCCCUUCCCCUCUAUACCCUUCUAUGGGAAUGGCAGCUUCGCCUUUCGUAGCGCCGGGCUGAUCUCAAAACUGUGCUGAACCCUAGCUGCAUUGUAACAAUGAAGCUUUUGAGCCGCGCUGCGGCGGUUGCCCUCGCGGCCUUGUCGUGCGUCCAGCAAUGCACUGCACAGAUGAACGAGGGCUCAUACACCGAUGCUGCGACUGGUGUCAAGUUCAAGACAUGGACUGCUCCCGGAGAAUCGCUUUACACCUUCGGCAUGGCUCUGCCAGAGGAUGCCUUGACAAAGAAUGCCACCGAGUACAUUGGGCUUCUUCGCUGCCAAAUCACAGACGCCACGUCUCCAGGCUAUUGCGGUCUCUCGCAUGGCCAAGCUGGGCAGAUGACCCAGGCACUGCUACUCGUUGCCUGGCAAUUUAACGGCACAGUUUACACAUCAUUCCGUUACACUACCGGCUAUACAAUGCCGGUAAAGUAUACCGGCGAUGCCAAGCUAACCCAAAUCUCCGCCACCGUCACCGACACCACAUUCGAGGUGCUCUACAGAUGCCAGAACUGCUUUUCGUGGAGUCAAGAUGGCAACGAAGGUAGCGUCUCUACUACCGAGGGAUUCCUCGUUCUUGGCCGUGCUUCUGCCAAGUCUGGUCUCGAAAAUCCAACCUGUCCCGACACGGCGACCUUUGGUUUCCACGAUAACGGAUUCGGGCAAUGGGGGGCGCAACUCGAGGGUGUGCCACAGGCUUCAUACGCGACGUGGGCAGCGCUGGCCACCAAAACACCGGUUGUGAGCUGCGACGGAUCUGGCGGUCCGUCUGUGCAGUGCACCGCGGCUCCGGAAAAGACCUAUGACUACAUCGUGGUCGGUGCUGGUGCUGGCGGUAUCCCCGUCGCCGACAAGCUCAGCGAGGCCGGGCACAGCGUUCUCCUGAUCGAAAAGGGCCCGCCCUCAACCGGCCGGUGGAACGGAACCAUGAAGCCGAAGUGGCUCGAAGGCACACCCCUGACCCGCUUCGACGUCCCAGGCCUGUGCAACCAGAUUUGGGUCGACUCUGCCGGCAUUGCUUGCACCGAUACCGACCAGAUGGCUGGCUGUGUUCUGGGAGGUGGAACUGCGGUGAACGCAGGGUUGUGGUGGAAGCCAAAUCCGAAGGACUGGGACUACAACUUCCCCAACGGUUGGAAGGCGAGAGACCUCGAAGCUGCCACGAAGCGUGUGUUUGACCGAAUUCCCGGAACUUGGCACCCAUCAAUGGAUGGGAAGCUGUAUCGACAAGAGGGCUAUGAGGUUCUAUCCAGCGGUCUGGCCAAGUCCGGGUGGAAGCAGGUCAUCGCGAAUGACGUGCCAAACCAGAAGAACCGCACCUUUGCGCACACCCACUUCAUGUAUUCCGGUGGUGAGAGAGGUGGGCCGCUGGCGACAUACCUUGUUACCGCAGACGCGCGGGACAACUUUGAUCUUUGGACGAACACCGCCGUCAGGAGGGCCGUCCGUACCGGUAGCAAGGUCACUGGUGUCGAGCUGGAAUGCCUGACCAACGGAGGCUUUGAGGGCACUGUGAAACUCAACCCCAACGGUGGCGUCAUCUUCGCGGCCGGUGCCUUCGGCUCCGCAAAGCUGCUACUACGGAGUGGUAUCGGUCCCGAGGACCAGCUUGAGGUUGUCGCAGGCUCCAAAGACGGGGACACGUUCAUUGCCAAGAGCGACUGGAUUGAGCUCCCAGUUGGCUACAACCUGAUCGACCAUCUCAACACUGACCUCAUCGUUACGCAUCCUGACGUUGUCUUUUACGACUUCUACGAGGCGUGGACCACGCCCAACACUGGGGAUAAGGAGCAAUACCUCGAGAAGCGAUCGGGGAUUCUUGCCCAGGCUGCGCCGAACAUUGGCCCAAUGAUGUGGGAUGAAGUUACCCCAUCUGACGGCAUUGUCCGCCAAUUCCAGUGGACUGCGCGCGUCGAAGGCGAUUCCCGAGUGACCAACUCGACUCACGCCAUGACCCUCAGCCAGUAUCUCGGGAGAGGCGUCGUCUCCAGGGGUCGCAUGACGAUCACCUCUGGUCUUGCCACCAGCGUUGCCCAGCACCCUUACCUGCACAACGACGGUGACAAGGCGGCGGUUAUCCAGGGCAUCAAGAACAUGAUUGCAGCCCUCAAUGUCAUCCCCAACAUCAGCUGGGUUCUCCCUCCUGCCAACACCACAGUUGAGGACUUUGUCAACAACAUGCUCGUCUCGCCCUCGAACCGACGCUCAAACCACUGGAUGGGUACCGCCAAGCUCGGCACUGACGACGGGCGGAGGGGCGGCACGGCCGUGGUGGACCUCAACACCAAGGUGUAUGGCACCGACAACCUGUUUGUGGUGGACGCGUCCAUCUUCCCGGGCAUGUCGACGGGCAAUCCGUCAGCCAUGAUUGUGGUUGCGGCAGAGCAGGCCGCGCAAAAGAUCUUGGCACUGAAGAAGAGGGCGUGAUCUGCCAGUCGGCUAUGCCGCCUGGGAUGGAUAAGUGGGGAUGUACCGGGUCAAACAAUAGUCAAGGCUCGGGUCCGUAUUUUGCGGGAUAUUUAAGUCAAUACCUUCAAAUGAAUAUAGGCUCUUUAAAGUGAUGAC